CUAGAAGCUGAGCUAGCCGCAGAGGGUGAUGCGGAACUGCUCAUCGCCAGGGAAACGCGGCAUUCGGACAGCCGUCCAGAGCCUGUCUGAGUUCUGCUGGGCGGGGAGCCAGAGACUGAUUCGCUGCGGUCCUGGGCCCAGCGGCUGGGAGGUCCCGCCCUGGCCGAGGAAAUGAAGAGGGCGCAGGGCAUGGGGGCGGCGCGCACUCGGGACAGUUUCCAGUUAGCGUCUCCGUGACCUUCCUCCAACUUCCAGCUCGGAGCGGUAUGCUGGGAUCCCUCCAAGGACCCUGUGAGGACGUGGGAGGGAUGCUGAGACAGGGCCAGUUUCAAACCUUGUCAGUCUCUGACAAGGGAAGAUGAAGCCUAGUGCCAGCUAGGGGUGACCUGUCUAUCUGCAUUUUUUGAGCUGUGGAGUGAUUGGAGUCAUAUUCGCUGCCUGUGCAGCAUGACAGGCCUGAUGAAAAUGAAAUGGCAACACCGUGCAGAUGGCGAAGCGUAGGCCUCACAAACAUCCUGGCCGUGAAGAGUUUGUCUUCAAGAGUAGCUGGUGCAGAAACUCGAAAAACUAUGCCUUUCACUUGGAAAUAAAGAGAAGAAAACAUCUUGAGUGUUGGGUCUGGAGCUCAACUGUCCAAGUUCAAACACCAGCUGUGGGUACAUCACCAACCUACCAGAGAGGGCUCAGCUUCGUCAUCUGUGAAAAGGCCGUGGCCACCCAGGAGCCCGAUGUGCAAGGCAGGUGUGAGUGCCAGGACGGCAUUCCUGGAGAUGAAGGCCUGGAGCUGCGGUCUGCGGACUCGGCAGUGCCCGUGGCCAUGAUCCAGGCUGCCGUGCGGCCCUGGGCACCCUGCCUGGAGAACAUGACCACUCCCCCAAACGGCCUCGGGCCAGGCCCCGCAGCCCCCUGUGCAGGCUCGGACCUGAAAGACCCCAAGAUGGUGACCUCCCUUGCGUGUGGAAAUGGAGUCUGUGGCUGCAGCCCUGGUGGUGACACAGACACCCAGGAAGCCAAACUCAGCCCAGCCAAGCUUGUGCGCCUUUUUUCCACCAGUCGGAAGAGGACGGGUGCCCACCCCGAGCGGCCCCGCUCCAUGGUCCUGGUGGGGAACUCCUCCACAUGGAACACCCUCGCCUCCUUCCGGAAAAUGGGAUCCUUUAAGAAACUGAAGUCCUCAGUCCUGAAAGGAAUUCAGAGCCGAGAGGGGUCAAAUGCCUGUUCAAAGGGAGAGGCUUUGGAGCAUGGCCUGGGAAAGUCCAUCCCAAAUGGCACUGUCCCAGGAUCCCAGGCAAGCAGGGGCUCCCCCUCAGCACCGGGACCAGCAUGUGGUGCCCUCAGGCCAGCAGAGUGGGGCACGUUGGACGGCUCCGACCUCGAGGACACGGACGAUGCCUUCCAGCGGAGCACACACCGCUCCCGCAGCCUCCGCAGAGCCUAUGGCCUGGGCCGCAUCUGCCUGCUGGAUGCGCCCCAGAACCAUGCGGCACCCACGAUAGCCCCUGGCCAGGUGCCCGCCAUGUGUGAGAUUCUCGUGAGGGACCCUGAAAACAACAGCAUGGGCUACAGGAGGAGCAAGAGCACGGACAAUCUUGCCUUUCUGAAGAAGAGCUCCUUUAAGCGGAAGUCCACCUCCAAUCUUGCAGACCUCAGGACGGCCCAUGACGCACAGGUGCCACAGAGGACCCUGAGCAGUUCCUCCACUGACUCCCAAAAGCUCGGGUCAGGAAGGACCAAACGCUGGAGGAGCCCGAUAAGGGCCAAGGACUUUGACAGAGUCUUCAAACUUGUGAGCAAUGUGACUGAGGCCGCCUGGAGGAGGGAGAGUCCCAGGAGUGGGGCCCCAUCCCCUGGUGAGGCCAGCCUGAGACUCCAGGCACACAGCCGGCUGCAUGACGACUACUCCCGCCGUGUCUCCAGGAGCACUGAGCAGGACAGCAGGCGGGGCGGGGCGGUCAUGCAUGGGACCACUGCGGCUUGCACCAUGGUCCCUGGUUUCGGCUCAGCCACCUCUAAGGGGCCCCACCUAGACGCUGACACUGCCGUAUUUCCUCUUGAAGCCAAAAGUUCCUGGGCGGUGGAAAGCGACAGUUCUUGCACUGGCAGCUCCUCGCCAAGCCCGAUUGUCCAGGAUGUGUUGAGCAAAGACUCCUGUGACCCAAACGCUGGCAGCCAGUUGACAUUUGACCCUGAGCAGCCUCCCACCCCUCUGAGGCCCACCACACCCAAGCCUCAGAGCCCUCAGAGCCCCGGGGCAGGAAGUGCCAACUGUCACAGCGAUCACAGCGCCCUGUCCGUGAAUUCAGAGGAAAGUGAAGGAAGGACAGAAGAGCCUGCUCAGAGAGAGCCAGGGCCUGUGUCCUUGCAGGAUCCCCUGGAAGCCACACAUGGUGAUGAGGGCAGCAAGGACCUUCUGGUGAACAUUGGUGUGGCAGCCGGCCCAGAAGAAAAGGAGAAGGAGGAGGUCGUCCCUGAUGGCCCCUGGAGGCGAGGCUCAUCACAGGAUGAGGAAAGAACAGAGGCACAGAGAACCCCCAAGAGGAGAUGGGGCUCUGGGAGACGGCCAAGGCCUCGGCCAUUCUCUGACUACGGCCAGCUGGCCAGCCGCAGUUUGUCUAUUCCUGAAGAUUCAGUUGCUACAGACCCCCAGAAGGAAGACCGUGUGGACGAGGACCCCCAGGCAAGCAUGACUUCUGCCAGCCCUGAAGACCAGAAUGCUCCAGUGGGCUGCCCCAAAGGAGCCCGGAGAAGGCGCCCCAUUUCCGUGAUAGGUGGGGUCAGCUUGUAUGGGACCAACCAGACGGAGGAACUGGACAAUCUUCUGACCCAAACAACAGCAAAUUCCAUACCUUCGGAGUUAUACCAGCUCAUCUGCAGUAGGAGUAGAAAUAUCAAAGCUCUCAGUCUACCACCUUGUGCUCCAGAGAUGUGGCCUAAGCACGUCUUUGGACGUGAACCAGGGCAACCCAAGGCAGAGCUGGAUUUCUGGGAGUUUCUCCCUGUAAGCCCUGGACCUGCUUACCUACAGAUCAGACUGCUUCCAGUGCCAUUGCCAGUCAGAAGAGCCUGGGGUCUGUUCAGCUGCUAGAAUAACACAAGUCUGAGGUCUUGUGUCUUCAGCACAACAUUCUCUAAGACGGAGAAAUUUAAUCAAGAUCCUGUUAGCAGUUUUCUCUCUUGUUGCCUUUCAAGAUUAUGGCUUUUCUUUUUUCAUUUUUUAGUUUCCAAAACCAAACUUGUUAAAUCAAAUCUUGACCCAAUUUCUGGCAAGUAACAAGGUUGUUGCUGUUUGGCCUUACACCCACUGGUUGUCCCCCAGUACCCUGAGGAUGAGGGGACUCUGUAAGGUCCCUGGGAGGGGAAUGGAAUGUCAAUUAGUGGUCCCCCCGGCUGGGUAUAACCAAACUUUCCUGUCUAUGGGCCCCAGAGACCACCUUCUAGUUCCCCCGCCAAAACUUUACAUGAUUUUAAUUCUCCUGAUGAGGAUGAGAGGACAGCAUUAGCCAACAGAGAGGGCAGAGGAUGGGAUGGGACUCCCCUGAUCAGAGACCUCACCUCUAGGUCUUUACCUUGUAUUGAGAAUAAGUCAGUUCUGUAAUAAGAACUCUGUGUCCAUGGCAACCCCAAACAGAAUCCUGGUGCUCUUGUGAUUCUUGUAGAGUGGGGAAUAGAACGAGCUUGGCCCCAGACUGCAGAGACUUAAAAACAUGCUCUUCUGCCAUACAUACAGAUACUCAUUAAAGAUGAGGGAGAAGGGCAUGGGGUGAGGGAGAAUGUACCAAAACCAAAGACCACAGCAUAAUAACCUCAGAGCAGAGACUAUCUCUCCAGUUAUUUUUUCUUUUGUAUGUAAUGGAGGGGAUUCUUCCUAUUUACUCUGAUGAAGAAGUUUACAUCAAGUGUUCAGCUUCCCUUGUGGGUUAGAAAGAAUAACCAGAGGGCUCAGGUAUCCUCUCUGAAUAACUAUGUUUGUCUAGUGUUGUCUAGACAAUAUUAAAUUUCACUAAAAUAGACAAGGUUGAUAGGACUUGGGGGGAUACUUCAUUGACUCAAGCUAUCAUUUUAUAGGAUUGUGAGAAAACAAAUAGUUGUACAUUUAAAAUACAUUCAUAUUCUAGCUAGAAGAGAGGAUUUUGAAUGUUCUUACAUCAAAGAAAUGGUAAAUGUUUAAGGCGAUGGAUAUGCUAAUUACCAUGAUUUGAUCAUUAUACAAUGUAAAAUGUACUGAAACAUCACAUUAUACUUCAUAAAUAUGUACAAUUUAUUAUGUGUCAAUUAAAAUUUUGAGUAUAAGAAAAAAUAAACUUCAAUUGUAAGAAAACAACCCAACUUUUUAAAAAUGGGCAAAACGUGCACAGAUACUUCACUAAUAAAGAUUUGCAACUGGCAAAUAAGCAAAUGAAAAAAUGGUCAUCAUCACUAGCUAUUAGAGAACUGCAGAUUAAAACUACAAUAAGAAACCACUAGAUACCUAUUAGAAUAUCUAAAAUUAGAAAGAUGGCGUGUUGACAAAGAUAGAGAGAAACUGAAACUCUCAUACAAUGCCACGAAUGUAAAGUGCUAGAUCCACUGUGGAAAACAGUUUGUUUCUUAAGAAGUGAAUUAGGUCUUCCAGUUCCCACUCCAACACGUAGAGAACUUGGAAGUCAUCACUCUCAUCUUCACAGCAGAAAAAAAGAUAAUCAAACUGAAAAUCAACAACUUUUCUUAGAUCUGUCGGAGAAUACAGGUCACAGGGAAAGCACUUCCUGAAAAACUAGAGAGAUGGGUGACUACAGAAAAUCACAGUUUACCUGAGAGCAGAAGCCACAGAGCCAGUAAUUGGUAGGAGCACUUCAAUGGUAAUCAGUAAAUUACUGGUGGCUGAGUGUGGACUCGCUUGAGAGUUAAAAGCUUGUUGGAGUCCCGUCUUGGGAGCCCCUUAGACUUUCAUGAAUUUUACUUCCAGAAACCCCACCAGGUUCUCAUGAUGAAGGCUGAAGAAAAUUUCCUCAGGCUCUUUACACAAGGAAAAGGGAAAAGCAACCAUUUCAAAAUAUGCCCUAAUUGGGGGAUAGAGAGAGUGAGUGGGUAUAGCAACCAUUUUGAAAUAUGCCCAGAGCAUUCUAUUCUCUGCGUGAAAGACCUGCUCUAAAGAAAAACUGCUUUAUCAGGGCCUUGUCUGACAUAGGGGAAAAGCAAUAAGACAACUCUAAACCCCUCUAGCUUUCCUGUUCCACAUAAAAGGAGAGGAAGAAAAAGAAAUCAUUACUAAUAUCAUAAAAAAAGUAUACCUAUGUUUUUGUCUAAGAGCAUAGUUUGGGAUCUUACAUUUAGAUACUUCUUCCAUUUGAGGUUAAUUUUUCUGUAUGAUGUGAGAAAGAGAUCUAACUUCAUUCAUUUGUAUGUGGAUAUCCAGUUGUUCCAGCACCAUUUGCUGAAGAGACUGUUCUUUUCCACUCAAUAGUCUUGGUACCCUUGUGGAAAAUCAAUUGACCUUAAAUGUAUGGAUUUACUUCUGGACUCUCAAUUCUAUUCCAUUGAUCUACAUGUCUAUCCUUAUUCUAGUACUAUGCAACUUUAACCACUAUAGCUUUAUAGUAAGUUUUGAAAUAAUAAAGUGUGGACUCUGCAACUUCAUUGUUCUUCUUCAAGAUUGUUUUGGUUAUUCAGAGUCCCUUGCAUUUUCCAACGAAUCUUAGAUCAGCAAGUCAAUUUCUGCAAAAAGAGAGGCUAGGAUUUUGAUAGGAACUGAGUUGAAUAUGUAUAUCAAUUUGUGGAGUACUGUCAUCUUAAUAGUAAUGUCUUCCAUUCAGUAAAUACAGAAUGUGUAUCCAUUUAUUUAGGUCUUAAUCACUUUCAAUAAUGUUUUGUAGUCUUACAUUUCUUUUGUUUUUGUCCUAUUUUUUAAUGCUAUUGUAAAUAAAAUUACUUUCUGAAUUUCAUUUUGAGCCUACUCAUUGCUAAUGUUUCUAAAUAUAACUGAUUUUUUUGCACACUGAUCUUAUAUCUUUUGUGAACUCAGUUGUUGCUCCAGCAGGUUUGUUGUUGUUGUGGGUUCCUUAGAUUUUCUAUAUACAACAUUAUUUAUCUGCAAAAAAUAGAGUUUCCCUUUUUCCAUUCCAAUCUAGAUGUUUUUUAUUUUUUUUUAUUUCUUUUUUGUUGUUGGUUUUUUUUUUUGUUUUUUUUUUGUCUACUUGUCCUGGCUAGAAUCUCCAGUACAAAGUUGAAUAGAGAAAGCAUGUCUUGAGGAAGAGCUCUGGUCUACAGCUCCCAGCGUGAGCGACGCAGAAGACGGGUGAUUUCUGCAUUUCCAUCUGAGGUACCCGGUUCAUCUCACUAGGGAGUGCCAGACAGUGGGCACAGCACAGUGGGUGCAGCGCACCGGGCGCCAGCCGAAGCAGGGCGAGGCAUUGCCUCACUUGGGAAGCGCAAGGGGUCAGGGAGUUCCCUUUCCUUGUCAAGGAAAGGGGUGACAGACGGCACCUAAAAAAUCGGGCCACUCCCACCCGAAUACUGUGCUUUCCCGACGGGCUUAGGAAACGGCCUACCAGGAGAUUAUAUCCGGCACCGGGCGCGGAGGGUCCUACGCCCACGGAGUCUUGCUGAUUGCUAGCACAGCAGUCUGAGAUCAAACUGCAAGGCGGCAGCGAGGCUGGGGGAGGGGCGCCCGCCAUUGCCCAGGCUCGCUUAGGUAAACAAAGCAGCCAGGAAGCUGGAACUGGGUGGAGCCCACCACAGCUCAAGGAGGCCUGCCUGCCUCUGUAGGCUCCACCUCUGGGGGCAGGGCACAGACAAACAAAAAGACAGCAGUAACCUCUGCAGACUUAAAUGUCCCUGUCUGACAGCUUUGAGGAGAGCAGUGGUUCUCCCAGCACCCAGCUGGAAAUGUGAGAACGGGCAGAAUGCCUCUUCAAGAGGGUCCCUGACCCCUGACCCCCGAGCAGCCUAACUGGGAGGCACCCCCCAGUAGGGGCAGACUGACACCUCACACAGCCUGGUACUCCUCUGAGACAAAACUUCCAGAGGAACAAUCAGACAGCAGCAUUCGCAGAUCACGAAAAUCCGCUUUUCUGCAGACACCGCUGCUGAUACCCAGGCAAACAGGGUCUGGAGUGGACCUCUAGCAAACUCCAACAGACCUGCAGCUGAGGGUCCUGUCUGUUAGAAGGAAAACUAACAAACAGAAAGGACAUCCACACCAAGAACCCAUCUGUACAACACCAUCAUCAAAGACCAAAAGUAGUUAAAACCACAAAGAUGGGGAAAAAACAGAGCAGAAAAACUGGAAACUAGAUCUAAAAAGCAGAGUGCCUCUCCUCCUCCAAAGGAACGCAGUUCCUCACCAGCAAUGGAACAAAGCUGGACGGAGAAUGACUUUGACGAGUUGAGAGAAGAAGGCUUCAGACGAUCAAACUACUCCGAGCUACAGGAGGAAAUUCAAACCAAAGGCAAAGAAGUUGAAAACUUUGAAAAAACUUUAGACGAAUGUAUAACUAGAAUAACCAAUACAGAGAAGCGCUUAAAGGAGCUGACGGAGCUGAAAGCCAAGGCUGGAGAACUACGUGAAGAAUGUAGAAGCCUCAAGAGCCGAUGUGACCAACUGGAAGAAAGGGUAUCAGUGACGGAAGAUGAAAUGAAUGAAAUGAAGCGAGAAGGGAAGUUUAGAGAAAAAAAGAAUAAAAAGAAACGAACACAGCCUCCAAGAAAUAUGGGACUAUGUGAAAAGACCAAAUCUGCAUCUGAUUGGUGUACCUGAAAGUGACGGGGAGAAUGGAACCAAGUUGGAAAACACUCUGCAAGAUAUUAUCCAGGAGAACUUCCGCAAUCUAGCAAGGCAGGCCAACAUUCAGAUUCAGGAAAUACAGAGAAUGCCACAAAGAUACUCCUCGAGAAGAGCAACUCCAAGACACAUAAUUGUCAGAUUCACCAAAGUUGAAAUGAAGGAAAAAAUGUUAAGGGCAGCCAGAGAGAAAGAUCGGGUUACCCACAAAGGGAAGCCCAUCAGACUAACAGCGGAUCUCUCGGCAGAAACUCUACAAGCCAGAAGAGAGUGGGGGCCAAUAUUCAACAUUCUUAAAGAAAAGAAUUUUCAAGCCAGAAUUUCAUAUCCAGUCAAACUAAGCUUCAGAAGUGAAGGAGAAAUAAAAUACUUUACAGACAGGCAAAUGUUGAGAGAUUUUGUCACCACCAGGCCUGCCCUAAAAGAGCUCCCGAAGGAAACCCUAAACAUGGAAAGGCACAACCGGUACCAGCCGCUGCAACAUCAUGCCAAAAUGUAAAGACCGUGGAGACUAGGAAGAAACUGCAUCAACUAACAAGCAAAAUAACCAGCUAACAUCAUAAUGACACAAUCAAAUUCACACAUAACAAUAUUAACUUUAAAUGUAAAUGGACUAAAUGCUCCAAUUAAAAGACACAGAAUGGCAAAUUGGAUAAAGAGUCAAGACACAUCACUGUGCUGUAUUCAGGAAACCCAUCUCACGUGCAGAGACACACAUAGGCUCAAAACAAAAGGACGGAGGAAGAUCUACCAAGCAAAUGGAAAACAAAAAAAGGCAGGGGUUGCAAUCCUAGUCUCUGAUAAAACAGACUUUAAACCAACAAAGAUCAAAAGAGACAAAGAAGGCCAUUACAUAAUGGUAAAGGGAUCAAUUUGACAAGAGCUAACUAUCCUAAAUAUAUAUGCACCCAAUACAGGAGCACCCAGAUUCAUAGAGCAAGUCCUGAGUGACCUACAAAGAGACUUAGACUCCCAAACAAUAAUAAUGGGAGAGUUUAACACCCCACUGUCAACAUUAGACAGAUCAAUGAGACAGAAAGUUAACAAGGAUACCCAGGAAUUGAACUCAGCUCUGCACCAAGCGGAUCUAAUAGACAUCUACAGAACUCUUCACCCCAAAUCAACAGAAUAUACAUUUUUUUCAGCACCACACCACACCUACUCCAAAAUUGACCACAUAGUUGGAAGUAAAGCUCUCCUCAGCAAAUGUAAAAGAACAGAAAUUAUGACAAACUGUCUCUCAGACCACAGUGCAAUCAAACUAGAACUCAGGAUUAAGAAACUCACUCAAAACCGCUCAACUACAUGGAAACAGAACAACCUGCUCCUGAAUGACUACUGGGUACAUAACGAAAUGAAGGCAGAAAUAAAGAUGUUCUUUGAAACCAAUGAGAACAAAGACACAACAUACCAGAAUCUCUGGGACACAUUCAAAGCAGUGUGUAGAGGGAAAUUUAUAGCACUAAAUGCCCACAAGAGAAAGCAGGAAAGAUCCAAAAUUGACACCCUAACAUCACAAUUAAAAGAACUAGAAAAGCAAGAGCAAACACAUUCAAAAGCUAGCAGAAGGCAAGAAAUAACUAAAAUCAGAGCAGAACUGAAGGAAAUAGAGACAAAAAAAACCCUUCAAAAAAUUAAUGAAUCCAGGAGCUGGUUUUUUGAAAGGAUCAAGAAAAUUGAUAGAUCGCUAGCAAGACUAAUAAAGAAAAAAAGAGAGAAGAAUCAAAUAGAUGCAAUAAAAAAUGAUAAAGGGGAUAUCACCACCGAUCCCACAGAAAUACAAACCACCAUCAGAGAAUAUUACAAACACCUCUAUGCAAAUAAACUAGAAAAUCUAGAAGAAAUGGAUAAAUUCCUGGACACAUACACUCUCCCAAGACUAAACCAGGAAGAAGUUGAAUCUCUGAAUAGACCAAUAACAGGAGCUGAAAUUGUGGCAAUAAUCAAUAGCUUACUAACAAAAAAGAGUCCAGGACCAGAUGGAUUCACAGCCAAAUUCUACCAGAGGUACAAGGAGGAGCUGGUACCAUUCCUUCUGAAACUAUUCCAAUCAAUAGAAAAAGAGGGAAUCCUCCCUAACUCAUUUUAUGAGGCCAGCAUCAUCCUGAUACCAAAGCCUGGCAGAGACACAACCAAAAAAGAGAAUUUUAGACCAAUAUCCUUGAUGAACAUCGAUGUAAAAAUCCUCAAUAAAAUACUGGCAAACAGAAUCCAGCAGCACAUGAAAAAGCUUAUCCCCCAUGAUCAAGUGGGCUACAUCCCUGGGAUGCAAGGCUGGUUCAACAUAUGCAAAUCAAUAAACGUAAUCCAGCGUAUAAACAGAACCAAAGACAAAACCAUGUGAUUAUCUCAAUUGAUGCAGAAAAGGCCUUUGACAAAAUUCAACAACACUUCAUGCUAAAAACUCUCAAUAAAUUAGGUAUUGAUGGGAUGUAUCUCAAAAUAAUAAGAGCUAUCUGUGACAAACCGACAGCCAAUAUCAUACUGAAUGGGCAAAAACUGGAAGCAUUCCCUUUGAAAACUGGCACAAGACAGGGAUGCCCUCUCUCACCACUCCUAUUCAACAUAGUGUUGGAAGUUCUGGCCAGGGCAAUUAGGCAGGAGAAGGAAAUAAAGGGUAUUCAAUUAGGAAAAGAGGAAAUCAAAUUGUCCCUGUUUGCAGACGACAUGAUGUAUAUCUAGAAAACCCCAUUGUCUCAGCCCAAAAUCUCCUUAAGCUGAUAAGCAACUUCAGCAAAGUCUCAGGAUACAAAAUCAAUGUACAAAAAUCACAAGCAUUUUUAUACACCAAUAACAGACAAACAGAGAGCCAAAUCAUGAGUGAACUCCCAUUCACAAUUGCUUCAAAGAGAAUAAAAUACUUAGGAAUCCAACUUACAAGGGACGUGAAGGACCUCUUCAAGGAGAACUAUAAACCACUGCUCAAGGAAAUAAAAGAGGAUACAAACAAAUGGAAGAACGUUCCAUGCUCAUGGGUAGGAAGAAUCAAUAUCAUGAAAAUGGCCAUACUGCCCAAGGUAAUUUAUAGAUUCAAUGCCAUCGCCAGCAAGCUACCAAUGACUUUCUUCACAGAAUUGGAAAAAACUACUUUAAAGUUCAUAUGGAACAAAAAAAGAGCCUGCAUCGCCAAGUCAAUCCUAAGCCAAAAGAACAAAGCUGGAGGUAUCACGCUACCUGACUGCAAACUAUACUAAAAGGCUACAGUAACCAAAACAGCAUGGUACUGGUACCAAAACAGAGAUAUAGAUCAAUGGAACAGAACAGAGCCCUCAGAAAUAAGGCUGCAUAUCUACAACUAUCUGAUCUUUGACAAACCUGAGAAAAACAAGCAAUGGGUAAAGGAUGCCCUAUUUAAUAAAUGGUGCUGGGAAAACUGGCUAGCCAUAUGUAGAAAGCUGAAACUGGAUCCCUUCCUUACACCUUAUACAAAAAUUAAUUCAAGAUGGAUUAAAGACUUCAAUGUUAGAACUAAAACCAUAAAAACCCUAGAAGAAAACCUAGGCAAUACCAUUCAGGACAUAGGCAUGGGCAAGGACUUCAUGUCUAAAACACCAAAAGCAAUGGCAACAAAAGACAAAAUUGACAAAUGGGAUCUAAUUAAACUAAAGAGCUUCUGCACAGCAAAAGAAACUACCAUCAGAGUGAACAGGCAACCUACAAAAUGGGAGAAAAUUUUCUCAACCUACUCAUCUGACAAAGGGCCAAUAUCCAGAAUCUACAAUUAACUCAAACAAAUUUACAAGAAAAAAAAAAAACCCAUCAAAAAGUGGGCGAAGGAUAUGAACAGACACUUCUCAAAAGAAGACAUUUAUGUAGCCAAAAGACACAUGAAAAAAUGCUCAUCAUCACUGGCCAUCAGAGAAAUGCAAAUCAAAACCACAAUGAGAUAAUAUCUCACACCAGUUAGAAUGGCAAUCAUUAAAAAGUCAGGGAACAACAGGUGCUGGAGAGGAUGUGGAGAAAUAGGAACACUUUUACACUGUUGGUGGGACUGUAAACUAGUUCAACCCUUGUGGAAGUCAGUGUGGCGAUUCCUCAGGGAUCUAGAACUAGAAAUACCAUUUGACCCAGCCAUCCUAUUAGUGGGUAUAUACCCAAAGGACUAUAAAUCAUGCUGCUAUAAAGACACAUGCACACGUAUGUUUACUGCGGCACUAUUCACAAUAGCAAAGACUUGGAACCAACCCAAAUGUCCAACAAUGAUAGACUGGAUUAAGAAAAUGUGGCACAUAUACACCAUGGAAUACUAUGCAGCCAUAAAAAAUGAUGAGUUCAUGUCCUUUGUAGGGACAUGGAUGAAAUUGGAAAUCAUCAUUCUCAGUAAACUAUCAUAAGGAGAAAAAACCAAACACCGCAUGUUCUCACUCAUAGAUGGGAAUUGAACAAUGAGAACACAUGGACACAGGAAGGGGAACAUCACACUCUUGGGGACUGUUGUGGGGUCGGGGGAGGGGGGAGGGAUAGCAUUAGGAGAUAUACCUAAUGCUAAAUGGCGAGUUAAUGGGUGCAGCACACCAGCAUGGCACAUGUAUACAUAUGUAACUAACCUGCACAUUGUGCACAUGUACCCUAAAACUUAAAGUAUAAUAAUUAAAAAAAAAACAACUUAAAAAAAAAAAAGAAAAAGCAUGUCUUGUUCCUCAUCUUAGGAGAAAAGCUUUAAGACUUUCACCACUAAGUUUAAUGUUAGCUGUUGGUUUUUCGUAAUUUUUACUAGAUUAUCUAAGGGUUUAGGGUUUUUUUGGUUAUUAUGUACCUAACCUAUUUACCACAUUUUUGGGUUCUUUUCUUUUUUUUCUUGAUCAGGCUAGCUAAGCUAUCAAUUUUGUUGAUCUUUUCAAAUAACUUUUGGUUUUGUUUAUUUUCUCUAUUGUUUUUCUGCUUGCUAUUUUAUUUAUUUUCACUCUAAAAUUUAUUAUAUCCUUGCUUUAUUUGCUUUGGUUUCAGUUUGCUCUUCUUCUUCUAGUUUCUUUAGGUGGAAAGUUAAAUUAUUCAUUGAUAUCUUUCUUCCACUCUAAUGUAAGAAUUUACACCUAUAAUUUUGCGUUUAAGCAUGGAAUUAGCUGCAUUCCACAAAUUUUGAGAUGUGGAAUCAUUGUUUUCAUUCAUCUCAAAAUAUGUUCUGAUUUCUCUUGGAUUUCUCCUAUGACCAAUUGAUUAAGAGUACAUUGUUUCAUUUCCAUAUAUUUGUGAACUUCCCAAAUUUCCUUCUCUUACUAUUCUAACUUCAUUUUAUUGCAGUUGAGAACAUGUUUUGUAUGAUUUAAAUCUUUUAUUGACAGUUGUUUUAUUGUCCAGCAUAUGGUCUUUCCUGGAGAAUGUUCCAUGUGCACUUAUAGAGACUGUAUACUCUGUUGUUGGAUGGAGAAUGCUACAGAUAUCUGUUAAAUCUAGUUGGUUUAUAGUAUUAUUCAAGUCUUAUAUUUUCUUAUUGAUUUUCUGCCCAAUUGUCUAGCUGUUAACGAAAGUGGGGAAUUGAAGUCCUCAACUAUGAUUGCUGAAUUGUUUCUCCCUUCAAUUCUGUCAUUUUUUUCUUCAUGUACACUUUGGGGCUCUGUUAUGUAUUUUUGAUGGAUUGAUUCUCAUUAUUAUAAAAUCUCCUUUGUUGUUAAUUAAAAUUUUUCCCUUUAAGUCUGUUUUUUUUUCUAAUUUUGUAUCAUGAUUCCAUCUCCUUAUUUAUUUAUUUAGUUUUUUGGUUACUGUUUGCUUGUUAUAUCUUUUUCUAUAUUUUUACUUUCAAUCUAUUUGAGUCUUGGUCUAAAGCAUGUCUCUUAUAGACAGCGUGUAGUAGGAUCAUAUCCUUGAAUUCAUUCUGCAAAUUUCUUCCUUUUAAAUUGAGAGAAAUUUCCAUUUAAUACAAUCAUUGAUAAAGUAAGAUUUAUGCUAAAUAGUUUUAGAGUGUACAAUUUUUAUUUCUUUGUCAUUUCCUUUACUACAUUUUUGAGUUUUUUCUUAGUUGUUGCCCUGGAUAUUGCAAUUAACAUGUUGAUUUAUAACUAUGUAGUUCAUAUUAAUACCAACUUAAUUACAACAGUAUACAUAAACUUUUUCCUAUGUCAAUCCAUUCCCUCUCUCUUCCAUUGUGUUGUUAAUGUCAUAUAAAACAUAUCUUCAUAUGCUUUAUGUUCAUCAACCCAUUUAUGAGAACUGCUUUAUGCUUAUACUGCCUUUUAUACUUACUCAUAUAGUUAUCUUUCUCAGCUCUUUAUUUCCUCAUGUGGAUUUGAGUUACUACGUAGUAUUCUUUCAUUUCAGCCUAAAUGACUCCCAUUAGUAUUUCUCAUAGAGAUGUCUUCAAGCAACAAAUUUUUUUAGUUUUGUUUACCAAGGAAUGUCUUAAAUGUCUUAAGAUGCUUAAUGUCUUACAUUUCUCCUUCAACAUUGAAGGAUAUUUUUGCUACAUGUAGAACUCUUGAUUAAUAAGUCUCAUUAGACCCUUAGUAGCCAUCCUGAUUAUCACACCAACUAUCAUGGCAUCACAGGGGUUGUAUACAAGUAACCUUUAUUUCACUUCAUAUUUGCCCCAAUAUGCAGUGGUAAUUAUCCUGGCAAUGUGGAUAUGCCAGCGAGAAGCCACAAUGUGCUUCCUUUAAGUGAAAAGAUGAAAGUCUCUGACAUCAUAAGAAAAGAAAAAUAUUAUAGGCUGAGGUUGCUAAGAUUUACAGUAAGGACAAAUCCUCUACCUAUAAAAUUGUGAAGAAGAAAAAAGAAAUUUGUGUCAGUUUUGCUGUCAAACCUCAAGCUACAAAAGUUACAGCUACAGUGCAUGAUAAGUACUUAGUUGAGAUGGAAAAGAUGUUAAAUUUGUAGGUGGAAGACAUGAACAGAAAUGUCUUCUGACAGCAAUUAGGUUUAGUACUCUCAGCAUUUGUUUUUUUCUUUGUUUUCUUUUGUUUACUUUUCUUUUUUUUUUUUGAGAUAGAGUCUCGCUCUGUCAUCCAGGCUGGACUGCAGUGGUGUGAUCUUGGCUCACUGCAAGCUCCACCUCCUGGGUUCAUGCCAUUCUCCUGCCUCAGCCUCCCUAGUAGCUGGGACUACAGGCGCCCGCCACUACGUCUGGCUAAUUUUUUUUUAUUUUUUUUUAGUAGAGACAGCGUUUCACCAUGUUAGCCAAGAUGGUCUCAAUCUCCUGAACUCAUGACCUGCCCGCCUUGGCCUCCCAAAGUGCUGGGAUUACAGGCAUGAGCCACCGCACCCGGCCUUUGUUUACAUUUUUGUUAGCAUAUUGUGUAUCUCAACUUAUCUGUACCACAGGCAGCCAUGAUGUUCAAAAAUUGCCUCUGAUUGUCUUUAACAAAUAUCCCCUGAACAAAGGCUGGGGGAGCCUAAGUCAGGCCAAAUAAAGAUAGUUUUGGGUGUGGGGUCUUCCUGGGACCUCCUAGUCAGGUCACAUAAUGACGUUUCUCUGGGAAUAAGGCUUUGAAUGAGUCCCAACCCCAUUUUGUUCCUUUCUGUGGUUCCCAGGAGCUUGUUUUUCACCAAGAUUGUAGGAUGUUGGUUUUCAAGGCUACCAUGGAGGUGGGAGGAUGUGAUGAGCAUAAAGUAAGAACACUACAAAGUGCAGUAUUCUCACCAAAAUUCAGCCUACAUUCUUGAAUAAAUGCUCCCAAGAUUGAGGCAACCCUUUGGAUAUUUUCCAGAGUUCUGAAAAAGUUGCUUCCUUUGUUCCCAGCUGCUUUUAUGAAUAAGAAAUUUUUGAAGGUUCCUAGCUUGCCAUUUUUACUGACAUCACUUCCAAAUACACUUUUAUUUUUUUAUUUUGUAUUCAUUUUUUUGAAACAGAGUCUCACUCUGUUGUCCAGGCUGGAGUGCAGUGAUGUGAUCUUGGCUCACGGCAACCUCCACCUCCCAAGUUCAAGUGAUUCUCCUGCCUCAGCCUCCCUAAUAGCUGGGAUUACAGGUGCAUGCCACCAUGCCCGGCUAACUUAUGUAUUUUUAGUAGAGACGGGUUUCGCCAUGUUAGCCAGGCUAGUCUCGAAAUCCUGACCUCAGGUUAUCCUUCCACCUCGGCCUCCCAAAGGGAUUACAGGCAUGAGCCACUGUGCCCAGCUCCAAAUACACUUUUAAAUAUAUUUCUGAACUCACAAAAUGUAAAGGAAGUACAAAAUGAUUACACACACGCACACACAAUCCAGAGGUGAAACUAAAGUCAUCAGUCAACACAGAAGCCAGAGAUGCCAUGGAAGUGUGCCAAAACCAAAAACCUAGAGCUUUGUUAGUUAACAUCGUGGCUGCCUGAGGUAGUAAAUAGGAAUUGCAGCAAUCAAUAGGAAAAUCAAAAUAUUUUCUUUUUUAAAAAGCUGGGAAUGAGAUGUCAAUAGGGGACUGUGAAAUGCUCUGACACAUUCCUGGGAAUCUGUUCAGCAAUCCUGGGGAUCUAGAAUUUUUCUGGUUAACUGACUAAUAGGAUUUGAACCUGACAAAGUAGGGAACUGAGUCUGAGACCUUCACAUAAACCCAGGCACCAAAAUGGGUUAUAGAUUUAGUAGAAAAGACAAAGUUGGAAGGAUAUGACAAGUGAACCAAUAAGCAAAUCAGUCUGCAGGCAGUGGAUUUUAAAACAUUAAUAAUUUUAAGUCUUCCCUAAUGUUUUCUAACCAGCUUUACUCUUACGCUGGAAUUUGAAUUUACACCAUACUCAUAGUCCAAGAAACCUCAAACCAAUAAAUCUAACUAGAAUGGUUCCUGAUUGGUACUACUUCCAGAACCAAGCACAAACCAGGCAAAUCAUCUCAAUUCCGGUCUCUCAGGAUACCCAAAGUUAAAGUUUAGACAAAUAUGAGCUAUUUCUAAAAUUUAACAAAGACGUGAAGAGUCAAACUACCUUAAGCAGGAGUUAACAGAAACCACAAAGGGAAGAAAAAGACAUAGAAAAAUACAAAUAUUAAAAUUAUAACAAACUUUAUACUCAGGAAGCAGGUUUAAAGUAUGUUUAAAGUGAAAAGAUAGAGAUUAACACUAUGGGGAGCAUUAAAAGUGGCCAUUGGUCCACUCUGGAACUUCAAAGUAGGUUUUCUGAAAAAGAUAAUGCUUGAGCUUGGGCGUGAAGGACAAUAAAUAAUAAACCAGGAGAAAAAGUGGUGAGGGAGUUUCAGAGAAAAAGAUCAUAAUGAAUAAAUACAUGGAAGCAUUGAAUAGCAGAGGGAUUUCAGGGGAAAUUAUAAACAUUUAACUAUUACUGCUGUAACAAAUGUAGAGCAGGGAGUAACAGGAGAUGCCUGCACAGUAUAUUAAGAAGUACAGACAUUAUUUCAUAGGCAAUAGGGAGUCAAAAAGGGAUUUUAAGAAGGGAAGUCUCAGGAUAAUUUUGUUUCAGGUAGGCUGUCUUUCAGUGGUGAGGAGAGAGGGCAACAUUGAAGUGUCAGGGAUCAGUCAGGAGGCUACUACACAGCUUGGGUGAGAGGGUAACAUUGAAGUGUCAGGGAUCAGUUAGGAGGCUACUACACAGCUUAGGAGAGAGGGUAACACUGAAGUGUCAGGGAUCAGUCAGGAGGCUACUACACAGCUUAGGAGAGAGGGUAACAUUGAAGUGUCGGGGAUCAGUCAGGAGGCUACUACACAGCUUAGGAGAGAGGGUAACAUUGAAGUGUUGGGGAUCAGUCAGGAGGCUACUACACAGCUUAGGAGAGAGGGUAACACUGAAGUGUCGGGGAUCAGUCAGGAGGCUACUACACAGCUUAGGAGAGAGGGUAACAUUGAAGUGUCGGGGAUCAGUUAGGAGGCUACUACACAGCUUAGGAGAGAGGGCAACAUUGAAGUGUCGGGGAUCAGUUAGGAGGCUACUACACAGCUUGGGUGAGAGGGCAACAUUGAAGUGUCGGGGAUCAGUCAGGAGGCUACUACACAGCUUAGGAGAGAGGGCAACAUUGAAGUGUCAGGGAUCAGUUAGGAGGCUACUACACAGCUUGGGAGAGAGGGCAACAUUGAAGUGUCAGGGAUCAGUCAGGAGGCUACUACACAGCUUAGGAGAGAGGGCAACAUUGAAGUGUCGGGGAUCAGUCAGGAGGCUACUACACAGCUUGGGUGAGAGACGUUGAGGGCCUGGAAAACCAGGGGGGUAGUGAGAAUUGAGAGGAGAGACAGAUUUGAGAAACAGCAGAAAAAAUUAGCACAACUUGUGAUUGACUAGCUAUGUGGAGGAUAGCAAAAGCAGUCCUACACAAAAAGAACGAAGCUGGAGAUGCCACACUACCCAACUUCAAACCAUCUACAAGGCUACAGUGAGCAAAACAGCAUGCACUGGUACAAAAACAGACACACAGGCCAAUGGAACAGGUUAGAGAACUCAGAAAUAAAGCUGCACAGCUACAACUGUCUGAUCUUCGACAAAGCCAAUAAAAACAAGCAAUGGAGAAAGGACUUGCUACUCAACAAAUGGUGAUGGGAUAACUGACUAGCCAUAUGCAGAAGAUUGAAACUGGACCCCUUCCUUUCACCACAAACAAAAAUCAACCCAUGAUGGUUAAAAGACUUAAAUGUAAAACCUAAAAACCAUAAAAUCCCUAAAAGAUAACCUAGGAAAUACCAUUCUGACAUAGGACCUUGCAAAGAUUUCAUGAUGAAGAUGCCAAAAGCAAUUGCAACAAAAACAAAAACAGACAAGUGGAACCUAAUUAAAGAGCUUCUGCACAGCAAAAGAAACUAUCAGCAGACUAAACAGACAGCCUACAGAAUGGGAAAAAAUAUUUGCAAAUUAUGCAUCUGACAAAGGUCUAAUAUCCAGAAUGUAUAAGGAACUUAAAGAAAUUUACAAGCAAAAAACAAACAACCUCAUUAAAAAAAAAAGGGCAAAGGACAUGAACACACACUUCUCAAAAGAAGACAUACACACAGCUAACAAACAUGAAAAAGUGCUCAACAUCACUGAUCCUAGAGAAAUGCAAAUCAAAACUACAAUGUGAUACCAUCUCAUACCAGUCAGAAUGGCUAUUAUUAAAAAGCCAAAAAAUAGAUGCUGGCAAAGUUGCAGAGGAAAGGGAAUGCUUAUACACUACUGGUGGAUAUGUAAAUUAGUUCAGCCAUUAUGGAAAGCAGUUUGGUGAUUUCUGAAAGAACUUGAGAAUUACCCUGUGACCCAGCAAUCCUAUUACUGAGUAUAUACCCACAGGAAUAUCAAUAUCAUUCUACCAUGAAGACACACGCACACGUAUGUUCAUCGCAGCACUAUUCACAGUAGCAAAGACACAGAAUUGACCUAGGUGCCCAUCAAUGGUGAACUGAAUAAAAAAAAUGUGGCACACAUAUACCGUGGAAUACUACGCAGCCAUAAAACAAAAACAAGAUCGUGCGCUUUGCAGCAAUACGGAUGGAGCUGGAGGCCAUCCAGCUCCAGCUUAAAAAUUAUUCUAAGCAAACUAACACAGGAACAGGAAACCAAAUACCUCAUGUUCUCACUUAUAAGUGGGAGUUAAACAUUGAGUACACAUGGACACAAAUAUGGGAACAACAGACAUUGGGUCCUACUUGAGGGUUGGAGGCUGGGAGGAUGGUGAGUAUCAAAAAGCUACCUAUCAGGUGCUAUGCUUAUCACCUGAGUGACAAAAUAAUCUGUGCAUCAAACCCCCAUGACACAAAAUUUACAUAUAUAACAAACCUCCAUAUGUACGCCUGAACCUAAAAUAAAAGUUAAAAAUUAAAUAAAUGUGCAUACAAAAAAAUAAACGGGAUUUAGGCAUGUCUAUUUGUAUAUAAAAAUGGAGCUACUGGCAUAGUCAUGAACCAACUGAAUUAUAUCUCAGUAUGUCAAAAUGGUUAAUAUUUAUGUAAAGAUAAUAAGAGAAGAGAAAAUAUUUCAGAUCAGAUUUGGGAUUUUACAUGAAAUUAUCACUGCUGGAAAACGAACAGAUUACAUAUCAGACGGAUCCCAGGAGACAUGUGAGGACUGACACAAUGUGGAAUAAACAUUAAAAAAAGGCCAGGCAUGGUGUCUCAUGCCUGUAAUCUCAGCACUUUGGGAGGCUUAGGCAGGCAGAUUGUCUGAGGUCAGGAGUUCGAAACCAGCCUGGCCUACAUGGCAAAACCCCAUCUCUACAAAAAUACAAAAAUUAGCUGGCUAUGGUGGUGUGUGCCUGUAAUCCCAGCCAAUCGGGAGGCUGAGGGAUGAGAAUUGCUUGAAUCCAGGGGGCAGAGGUUGCAGUGAGCCAAGAUGGCACCACUGUACUCCAGCCUGGGUGACAGAGACAGACUCUGUCUCAAAAAAAAAAAAAAAAAAAAAAAAAAAAUUCAGCAACAGACUAGGUCAAGCAGUAUAACAAAUUUCAGAACUUGAAGACAGAUCUUUUAAAAUAACCCUAUCAUACAAAAAUUAAAAAAAAAGAAGAAAGGAAUGAACAAAGCUUACAUGACACAUGGGACACCAUAAAGCAACCAAACAUUUGAAUUUUCAGUGUCUCAGAAGGCAAAGAACAAACCAAGGGAAUAGAAAAGCUAUUUAACAAAGUAACAAAACUUUCCAAGUCUAGCAAGAGAUUUAGACUUGCAGAUACAGGAAGCACACAGAUCCCCAAACAGAUAUAAUUCAAAAAGAUCUUCUCCAUGGCCCAUUAUCAUCAAAUUGUCAAAAAUUGAAGACAGAGAAAAUUCUAAAAACAGCAGGAGAAAAUAAGGGAACUCCUAUCAGACUAACAGUUGAUUUCUCAGCAUAAACCUUACAGGCCAAGAAAGAAUGGCAUGAUAUAUUCUAAGUUCAGAAAGAAAAAAACCAUCAGCCACAGAAACUACAUCCAGCAAAGUUAUCUUUCAUAAAUGAAGGUGAAAUAAUGUCUUCCCAGACAAGCAAAAGCGGAGGGAAUUUAUCACCACUAGACCAGUUAUAUAAGAAAUAUGUAAGGGAGUCUUAUACCCAGAAGCAAAAGGAUGGUAUCUACCAUCAUGGAAACACAGGAAAGUAUAAAACCCACUGGUAGAGCAAGCACACAAAUAAGAAAAACAAUUCAAAGGUUAUCACUAAAGAAAACCACCAAUCCACAGUGAUAAACAAUAAGAGAGAAAGAAAGAGACAAAGGACAAAUAAAGCAACAGAAA